AUGUAUCGCCCCUCUCUCGACAACACCCAAGCCUUCUUCCUACUGGCCAUCGCGGAAUGGGGUAACGGCGAUCGUGAUAGAAGCUCCAUGGAUAUGGGCGUAGCAGUCCGCAUGGCUACGCUACUCAAGCUACACCGUGAGGAGACCUAUGCGCUACUACCCGAUACUGAGGCCGAGCAGCUUGUCCGAGCGGAGUCAGCCAGGCGGACCUUCUGGAUGAUACAGAGCCAGGAGAACCUGCAUUCUGGAUAUAGCACGCCGGCGCCCUUCUCGCUGGACGACAUCACAGCAUAUCUGCCCUGCGACGAGAGCGACUUUGCCUUUGGAGUGGUACCUGCCACAAGGUCUGCUCUUCCCGGCACGCCACCUGCGCUGGCAAACCCUUCGUUGGCAACAGGGCCUGGCCGGUGCCUCUUCGCGACCCUUAUCCAAGCACAUAACCUUUGGGGUCAAGUAGCUCGUAGAGCAGGUCGCCCGGGGCUCGGUUCGGAUGACGGAGCGCCUUGGAUGGCUGGGGGUAAUCAUUCGAGGAUGAUAGCUUCGCUUCGGAGCUGGGAGGAAGAGAUGCCACCUAGGCACAAAUGGAGUGUAUGGAAUCUGCGAGGGUGGAAAGCAGAGUCCUUACACCUUGCCUACCUGUCCGUGGUAAUGGUACUGCGGUUGAGCAACAUUGUUAUCCGCCGCAUCUACAUUGAUCAAAUCAUCAGGACGCUAUCGUCGACGACCGAAGAUGCGUUGCCACAAGAGGGACAAGCCCCAAACGAAUUUUGGAGAGGCAUGUCCCACGACCUCUUCGCCAACGUAGUCGAAUUACACGAGCAGGUGGAGGCCUACUUCAGUGUAAGAUCCAGAGACGAAGGAUUCCCCGCCAUUCUGGUAUUCUGCGUCUACAUAUGCGGGUCCUUGGCCUCGUAUCUCUGGCGCAAUCCCCAGCUUUGCCCGCACAUUGCCCCUUCUGAGGCCGAGGGCAUGGCAAUGGGCUCACUCAGGGUCCUUAGUGAACUACAUGAGGCAUGGCCUACCAGCGCCAGAUGGCAAAGGGGCCUCCAGCAGAUUGCGAGCCCUCUAUCUAAUACAACAUCUCCGGUAGCGGGGAAGCAUCUCGGGGGAGCGGCAGUGUCUAUAGAGCAGGAUAGUAGCGGCCUGGACGCGGCGGGCAACACUACCGCGGAUGGCCCAGACGACCAGUUCGAAGCUGAGCUUGCGGCCUUUCUUAAUGGGGAUUUACACUAUGACGUACUCGAGGGUCUCGGCACAUCAGCUGGCCAGUUUGAUUGA